ACCCGGAAACCUGGAAAAUCAUGUUCAGAGUCGCGAUACUUUUUUUUUCUGUUUUUUAGAAAUAUAAUGUUUAACAUAUAUGAGUUGUAUCACGGAAACUUGAUCAUGGGUUGUCGCUUCAUCUUUGUUUUUGCAGUGCUGAUUAACAAAGUGUCUCAGGAAACAGUACACAGAGAGGGUGUUACUGGCGGUUCUGUUCUCCUGCCGUGUUCUUCCAGUGAACAUGAUCAUAAACUUCAAGACAUCGAUGUAAGCUGGAGACACAAUGGCAGUGAGAAUGUGUAUGAUAUAGUCAAGGGUGAAUAUUCACUGGAGUUUCAGGACCGUCGGUACAAGAACAGAGUUGAAACGUUUCCAUUGGAGUAUGAGAGAGGAAACUUCUCCAUCAAACUCAACAAUCUCAAUUACACUGAUACUGGAGAGUUCAACUGCCUCAUAUCACCCUCAAACGAACAGAAGAAUGUAGUACUGAUCAUCAAGGCAGGAAAAGAAAACAAACAUAAACAAGAAGACCAAGGACUGGACCAGACGACUGGACCACAUAUCAUUUACAUAUGUGUUGGCACUCUCUUAGGUGUAAUCUUAGGUGUAAUUAUUGUUUUGUCUGUUGCCUGUUUUAUUCACCGGAGAAAAAGAAAUGCCUUAUAGACCAUUUGGGAGCAGACAUCACAGUGUCAGAAAAAUGUGUCAGAAAAAGAUGGUCUUGGUUUUAUAGAAUACCAUGAUCUUUAAAGCUAAAUGCAGACUGUUGCAAGCCAUUAAACGGACAGGCUGAACUGAUGAAACCUGCGAUUACCCUUGAAUUAUGUAAACUAUAUUCAUGCAGUUCAUGGGAAUGUUGUGUAUUAGACCUACAGUCACAGCAUGAAAUAAUAUUUAUACCUAUAACAA